AAGUUCAGGGCUAAAUGAGGCGUGGCAAUUGUAUAAAUCCGUGAUAUUUCGGGUGGAUAGUCACUGUGAACUUGAACAGCAAAACAUCAACAUGUUCGUAAAACUGGCCGUAAUUGCUUGCUCUUUUGCCUUCGCCUCAGCGGCGUACAAUGGUCCUCUCGCCGGAGGUCAACCAGCCGCCCUUUACCCCGCAGGAGUCGACCCCAAAGCUUGUCCCAACUUCCCCGAUUGCACAAACCCCGCUGUAGCCGUCAACCAAAUCCCCCAGGAAUACAACUCCGCUCCCCAGUACCAACAGUACCAGGCUCAACCUCAGUACCAACCACAACAGUACCAGGCUCAACCUCAGUACCAACCACAACAGUACCAGGCUCAGCCACAAUACCAGCCACAACCUCAGCAGUACCAAGCCCCCAUUAACCAGUACAACCCAGUACAUGCUCAACAAUACGCACCCAGUCAGAAGAGCCAGUACGCCCCUGAGAUCCAAAACGCUCUGGACAGGGGAGAAUACAUCGGGGAUGGUGACUACCACGGGGAAGGGCUCGCUGAAGCUCUUGCACCUGGACAUGCUGCCCGUCAAUCUUACAACCCCGCCCCAGCUUACAACCAGGCCCCACAAUACCAGGCCCGCGCUUACAACCCCGCCCCAGCUCCCCAGUACAACCAAGCUGGAGCCCAUGCCACCCCAGCCCAAAUUCCAGCAGGUGUAGACGCCAACGCAUGCCCAAAUUACCCCUUCUGCCACUAAAAACUCCCCCAAAGUAGUUCAAAAUUUCCAAAAGACAAGCCAGACUGCCAGCUGACGACAUGUCAAUGUUAUUUUUAAGAUGUAAAUGUGUCCUGUAACAUAGCGAUUUGUGAUUUGUGUGAAUUAUUUUAUACAAGUUAUUUAAUAAAAAACAAAAUUUAAAA